AUUAUGUUCCUUUCAGAAUGCUCAUCACAGAGAUUGCAUUUAAUUUCUGAUCCAAAGGCACGCUCCAGGUUAUUUCUUCUACUUCAACCAGCAGUAUCUAAAAUGUUUUUCAUUUUUCAAAACCUGUUAUGUAAAAAUGGCAUCUUGUAAUCAAUGUCCUAUCUAUGGAUCCAGCCCUGCAUUUUUUUGUGAUAAAAAUAAGUGUUUGCUGCUUUUCUCUUUUUCUGAAAUUGGUAUAUCGGUGUAAUCAUAGGUGGGAGUGCAUGGCUGUAUUUAGUACUAUUCAUUAUUUUUUCCAGUACGCUGUAUCUAAGCACAUCUCUUAGUAAUGAUGUUUGCUGCUCUGUUCUUUGGUUUUCAGACACUGAUACACAAAAGAACCUGCUUUUAGCUUUUAGAUGUGGGACAAACCCAGACAGUACUGGUUCUUCCUCACAUCAGUAAAUCCACAAAUUAAAGUGCAAUCCUGUUCCACUUCAAAGCAUAAAAAAAAGAGAUUGAAGAGAUUGUAUAACGUAGGCAUAAUUUUCAGCAAAUGUGCUGUCAGCAAGUGCUAUUGUGACCCUCUCGUAAGUCAGGAAAAGGUAAUCAAGGCAUGUGAUGUCUGUUUUGUGGAUUUUAAAGUAAAUUAAUCCCACAUUCUAAGAAUCUGGCAGAUUCAGAUUAUCCAAUUGACAGAUCUUAUUGUUUUUCAUAGUACCUGGGAGUGUGCUGGGCCGAGUCUUAAGAAUAAAUCACUUUAUGAAAAAGAGCUAUUGUUGAAGGAGAUUAAAAAGCUGAAGAAAGAAAAUGAAAAGUUGUCUACAGAAAGGAGAGCACUAAAAAAUGAAUUAGCCGGAUUAGACAAGGGAUUUUGUACUGAUACGAAGCCCAACGUGGUCCUUUGACUACCCCCUACCACUUGACAGAGGAGAACUGAGCCAUUGGGAGAGAGACUUAUGCUGGUACUGCGAUGCUGACUUCUAGCUCAACUGCUGUGAAGAGUCUUCCUUUGAAGAGGAGGCUCUGUUUCCUGCUGAAACUAGUGUGCUUUGUCAGCUCAGUGUUAAUAUUUUGUGAAUUUUUAAUUUAUUAUGUGGUAAUUUUUCAAUGUCAAUGGCCAGAAGUGAAAGGUGGAGCUCACGUGGGUAAAAAAGAGAGUUCAACUUCAAUCCUAAAGGCCAUCAUUUUAGCUGAUACUCAUCUGCUUGGUGAAAUCAAAGGGCAUUGGCUGGAUAAGCUAAGAAGAGAAUGGCAAAUGGAAAGAUCUUUCCAAACUGCCUUAUGGUUACUGCAGCCAGAUAUUGUUUUUAUUCUCGGAGAUGUCUUUGAUGAAGGAAAAUGGAGCUCACCUCAGGCCUGGACAGAUGAUGUCAGGAGAUUUCGGAAAAUGUUUAAGCAUCCAGUUUCUACUGAGCUAGUGGUUAUCGCUGGGAAUCAUGACAUUGGAUUUCAUUAUGAAAUGACUACUUACAAGGUAAAUCGAUUUGAAAAGGUUUUCAACUUUACUUCAGGAAAGCUAAUAACUCGAAAAGGAAUAAACUUUGUCCUAGUGAACAGCGUGGCUAUGGAUGGCGAUGGCUGUGCUGUCUGCCGUACCUCAGAGGCAAAGCUUGUGGCGCUUUCUCACAAGCUGAAUUGCUCCCAGCAGAAACCGAAUCAUUCCAACAAAAGGUGCAGCGAUGUGGAAAAGCUCCCAGCUUCAGAACCCAUCCUUUUACAGCAUUACCCUCUCUAUCGGAAAAGUGAUGCUGAAUGCAGUGGAGAAGAUUCUGCUCCUCCAGAGGAGAAGAACAUCCCAUUUAAAGAAAAGUAUGAUGUACUGUCUCAAGAAGCAUCGCAAAAGCUGAUAUGGUGGUUUCAUCCCCGUUUGAUUCUCAGUGGGCAUACACAUAGUGCUUGUGAAGUACUGCAUGCGGGGAAAAUUCCAGAAAUCAGUGUCCCGUCAUUCAAUUGGAGGAAUAUAAACAACCCUAGUUUCAUCAUGGGCAGCAUAACACCAACUGACUUCUCCCUCCACAAAUGCUUCCUUCCGUAUGAGAGCAGAGUCUUUGCUAUAUACUGUGCAGCAGGUGCUCUGCUCGUAAUCCUGAUACUAGCUCAUUUUCAGCUUCUCACUCCAUUUUAUUUUGCUCAGCGUUUAAUCAGUAAGCAUAAAGCAGUAUGAAGAGCCAGACAUCUGCAUUCAGUCACUGAAAUACCAAAGCUGAGAACAGUCAAACAUCAGACUAUAUUCAUGCCAGCAAAUGACCUAAUUUGAUUGCUAGUCUGAAGGCAGGUUGCAUUUACACAUACCAUAGAAGUCCUAUACAGCUGAUAUGACUACUACAGGAUAAAUAAUUAACUGAAAUGAACGUUUCAUGCUGUACAAAAAUACUGUAUUCUACAAUCAAAUGAGUCCUUUUCCUGCUAUAAUUUUUGUAUCAAAUAUGUAUAUUAAAAGUGUAACUGUACAUU